AUGGAGUCCGUCUCGCGGAUCAGCUCGAUGCUGGAAACAGGUAAAUACCGUCCCAAGUCCCAGCAAACAAACAUGCAAUGGAGAACAUCCGCUGGGAAUUGCCAAUACUGACUGCCAGAACAGCACGCGACCUGACUCUCGAAGCCGCUCGGGACGCCGGUCCUCGCAAACCUCUUCGUCCUCUCCCCGCCGCACAGAUCAAGAGGCUACUCGAUAGCAGACAUGAGAAAGAGGUGCUAGAUGGGUUGCGGAGAGUGGUUGCGGUAUGUCCAGCCCGCGAGUGCAAGAGCAAGUGCAAGAGACGAAGAUCUGUAUUGAUCGCGAGUGACAGAUGCAAUAUGCCAAUCCUCCUCAACCCACCUUGACCUUCUUUCCGGCUGUCCUCAAGACCUUGUCGAAUCAGUAUCCCUCCACACGACCGUUAGUGUACAAUUAUUUGGUCCAUCAUGCAGAGGCCGACCCGGACACGGCACUCCUUGCGAUCAACACCAUCCAGAAGUCGUUAUCGGAUACCAAUCCCAGAGUACGAGCGAUGGCUCUGAAGACCAUGUCUGGCAUUCGUGUACCGGUGAUAUCCCAGAUCGUGAGCUUGGCCAUCAAGAAGGGGGUCAGCGAUCUGUCGCCUCUGGUACGAAAGGCUGCUGCUUUGGCAUGCGUCAAGUGUGUCGACCUGGAUCCUUCCACACGCCCACAGGUUGAGGACUACCUUGCAACACUUCUGUCCGACAAACAGUACUACGUCGCCGGAGCAGCAGUCCAGUCUUUCAUGCAGAUCUGUCCUGAAAGGCUGGACCUGAUACACCCGGUUUAUAGAAGGCUCUGCAGGAUGAUCGUCGACAUGGACGAAUGGGGUCAGCUAGCCCUCCUUCGAUUGAUGACUGUCUAUUCGCGCGGAUGCUUUCCGCGCAGGGCAAAGCGUGUGAAGCGCGCCGCUACUCAGGAGCAACGAGCAAGGGAUUUCUACGAGGACCUCGAGUCCAAAGAGGAAAUCGAUCAGGGCUACGAAGAAGUCGAUGCGGCAGAUCCGGACCUCGAACUCUUCCUCAAAGCAAUACAGCCAUUGCUGUCAAGUCGCAACUCGGCGGUCAUCGUUGCUGUUACUAGGGCAUACCUUUACUUAUCGCCUACGGACUACUUGCACCAAGCCAUUGGACCUCUAAUGGCUCUUUUGCGGUCGCCACAGGACAUUCAGCAUGCGGCGUUGUAUAACAUCGUUCAGGUCUGCCUGACGAGUCCGACAAGUUUCGUGCCCUAUUUCCGCCACUUCCUCAUCCAUUCUACUGAGGCACCUCACGUCUGGCGCUUGAAGCUGGAGAUGUUGACCUUGAUCUUCCCUCACUGCGGUAAAGAGACGCAGGACCUAAUACUGGCUGAGCUGGAGCAUUUUUCAAAGGGUCACAACGCUGAUCUAGUCCGGGAAAGCGUCCGCGCCAUUGGACGUUGCGCUCAGGCAUCAGAUGCGUCAACUUCGCGGCGCUGCUUGUCUCUUCUCCUCAAGCAGAUCCAUAGUACCGAUCACAAUCUUGUCGGCGAGGCGAUUGAAGUGAUCCGACAUUUGAUUCAGCGCUCGCCAGACGAGCAUCAAAAGACGGUGGUCAGAUUGGCAAAGAACUUGGACACGCUAAUUUCGUCCACUGCUCGCGCUAGUAUCGUGUGGCUUGUAGGCGAGUUUGCUGGCUACGAUCCUGAGAACAACAUCGCAGCCGAUGUGCUCCGGAUCCUUGUAAGGACAUACGCCAAUGAGAGCGACGAAGUGCGCGCACAGAUCGUUCUUCUGGGUGCGAAGGUUUAUCUACACCACCUCAACAGCAAGAAUGCCAAGCAAAAAGCACUGGACGCUUUGAAUCCGCCGUCGCAAGGACAGAGCACCGUUCUGGCCCCAGAGCAAGAAGAGGGAGACUUCAGCGAGAACGCGUUCGGCGACUCCAACACGGCACAGGACGAAAAGCCAUUGGAGGAACAAGACGUCAUCGAAAAGUUAUACCAACACACCAUGCUCCUGGCCCGCUACACACCCUCCUACGACCUUCGCGACCGCGCACGACUCUUCCGCGCUCUACUCGUGACGCAAAGCAGCACCGAACUGGCUUCCUUGCUCCUACUAGCCCCCAAACCCGUCCCCCAAGCGCCCUCACCAAGUGAGUCCCGCAAAGACUUCGCACUCGGCUCUUCGACGCUCGUGAUCGGCGAAGAAGCGGGCGGCGCUGGCAUCCGGGGCUACGAAGCAAUACCAGAUUGGGUAGAAGAUGGUCGCGAACCUGACCCGAAACUGCGAGAUGUUCCAGAUUCCAAGGCGCCGGAGUAUGUGACGUCGCCACGGCAGCAGAGCCUGUCUGCUGGACAGCAGCUGGACCAGGCAUUACAGGCGGAUUCAUCGGUAAGGGCUACGAGGAAGGAGAAGACAUUGGAUGCUUGGUUGGAUGAGGAGGAAGAGGAUAGUGAGGGAGAAGGAAGUGAGGAGGAAGAAGACGAAGACGAAGAACAAGGCUCUGAGAGUGAAGAGGACGAGGAGAGUGAAUUUGAAACUGAUAGUGAGGAAGACGAACGGGCUGGACUUGUUCGGUAG